AUAAAUUAGAAUCCACCUACUUCUUUUCAAAGCAUUCCAAAACUCAAACCUAAUCACAGUUCAACAUGCAGGCAGCUUUGAGCUUGGCACCACCGAUCCUUCCCUUACAAACACCAGCCAGAUGCUUCAGAUCCCAAUCAAAAUCCAUUCCCGCAAUCCAAACUUCUUCUCUAUUUGCUCGCAUGAAAGCAGCUGCAGUGGCUAAUGACACUUCGACAGUAGAUUAUAGCUCCACCACCUCUGUUUUUCCGGCAGAAGCUUGUGAGACCCUUGGAGGAGAUGCUUGUGACGUUGAGAUGUACCCUGAAGCGAAGCUCAACCCAGGUUUGGCUGACAAAAGGCCUCAAACUGCAUCAGAACAGGUUGAAAGGGAGUAUCUCGAGUAUAAUAGCCCCAAGACGGUCUUUGAAGGAGAUGCCUGUGACGAACUUGGAGGAGAAUUUUGUCAGCCAGAGCAUCAGAGUGGUGCUUAGUGGAAUAUAGUUUUCUAAAGAUGUAAAGACAGAUUUUCACUUGCUUUGCCUUUUUCUUCCUAGAUAUAUAUAACUCCAUCCUGAUAAUAGUUUGAACACAUCUCAAAAAGCCAGAAUCUUUCCGUCCCAAGUACUUGUGAUGCUCUUUGUUAUCUACACAUCUCAACGAUAUACCGAGAAGAAUGUACGAGUCUACAGCCGUCACAGACCUUUCAUUUGUAGGCUAUAGAAAAAGAAUAAUUGAAUCUAUUCCAGAAUCUGCACGAAAAAAUACGAAGGGUUUUUACAGUAGACCUCGGAGCUACUAGUUCAAAGUUGCAUUGGGCCAAGGCACCAAAAAUUUACAGAGCGCGACGCGUCUUGCCACCGCUAUGGUAUGCUACAAGCCUCUACACAUAUAAAUGCACUAAAGAUGAUAGAAUAUCGAGCAAGUGCAACAUUGUAACAUCUAAGACGUGGUUGAAAUAACAAUAAACUCUGUACCAAAAGAAGAGUGCAGGCAGGGUGGGACAACAGAACUUGAUGAACAAUUGAUUAUGCAAAGUUAUUUCUUCAA